GUCUACGUGGUUUAUGAAUGGUCCCUAAUGCUGGAAAUAACAAUUAGCAUAUGAGUAGUGUGCGAAGGGUGUUUUAAUUUUCUUAUAUUGAAUAAAUGUAUUCCAAAAUGCAUUAUAUAUUUUUCAGUGAUUUAUCAGAAUGCAAUUACAGAGAUUCUAUUACAUAUGACAUAGUCGUUUUGCCCUCUACAGCAAUGAUUGAGACAGAAGAACAGUUUCCUUUUAGUUAAUGAAAUAUCUGUUGUUUAUCACUGCAGCAGAAACGGUCCACGGCACCAGCGCGCAUGGAACUCAUCUAGCGGUCUUCAACACUUCUGGUUCGACUCCCGACCCGGCAACAAAAAAAAAUGAUGGUUAAAACAUUCAUGUGGGGGGCAUUAGUCACCGUCGAUAACGAAACGGUGCUAAAAAUAGAUUUUUGUUUUGGUUUUUCGUGUUGCACGUAUUAAGCAUGUGCAAAUGCAAAUGUACAGCACAUGCAUUUAUGUCACUUUAGCAAUGGCUGUCAACGUGCUGCAAUGUGUGGCACUAAUUUGAUUUUAGUGGGGCCCUUUUCGACUUUAAUAUUGCUUCAAUGAGGUGUUUAAAGUAAUGCAGCAUUAUAUACACAAUUUUAAAUAUAAAUAUAUAGCAAUAUUGAUGCACUAAUAUACGGCUUCGUGGUUACUUGGGCAACAUCUUACAAACAUUUGUCGAAUACAACAUUCCAAUAUAGGGCUUCUGAACUGAGUUAUGGACAAAUGAGUCAAACGAUUGCCAAGUGAUGGAAAACAUCCAUGGUUCCAUGAUUGGAUUCCAAUAUAGCAUGGGACAAUCGGGCGUAGAACGGCACUAUGGCACCAGCCCGACUGCGAGCAACCUUAAGAGAAAUCGGUAAACAACCCCAGUGGGGACUUUGUUAGAAGGUUAUCAGGGAUUGCUUUUGCAAGUCUGAGCGUUUGUUCUCCAGGUUAGGAGCGGCUCACGACAGUUUUUCGGUUCACCAAAAGAAAGGCGGCUCAUCUACAUCCGCGGGCCAGUGAAGAACUCUAAGCUCAACUCUAACCCGGAAGCGUUUGAUUUGAAGUGUUAUGAUGUUAAUAUACAUAGGGUCAAACAUUUGACCAAAAUACAAACCAAUGCUUUGAUAUGAUUUAUUGGAAUGGUAGGGUAGGUAAUCAAACUUUGAACCAAAUUGCGGCUUUCUGAAGCAGUGCAAAUUUCAAGUGAUUUUUUCUCCCACAUGGAAAUAAUUUACUACGGCAAAAUCGUAUGUACAUGAAAGCCACGGGUAUAAGCUUUCUGUUAAAUGGUAAAAAGUUUGUAUUUGCACCGAAUUUCAUUGAAAAAUUUGAUUAUUCGUCAACAGUGAUUUUAAUCUUAAUUUGAACCAUCGUAAUCAUAAUUUGAACCAAUUUUAAUCUUAAUUUGAACUACUGGCGGCAGCAGCUCGAGCAACUCACAAAACAGCCAAUUCCAUGCUAAACAAUUAAAAAUCACAUGAAUCUGCUAAUUCGCAUACCUAUUUUUCAUUAGGCAGUGGAAUCUCACCUCAGAAUGUUCGAAAUUCUUUAGGAAUUUGGAAACUAAAUUUGGAAUUUUUCAUCCCCCAAGAGUAAACAAAGCAACCACUAGCGCAAUCUACAGGCCAACACUAGAAGCUCACCCCCGUUUACUAGUUCAAAUUUAGAUUACAAAUGGUUCAACUUAAGAUAACAUUCUCCAAGUAAGAAUCACUUAAAUUUGAUAAUUUUAUGACAAAUAAUGCGGAAUAUUAUUCGGUUGGUCGAUUCUACGAUAAAUAAGCUUUCAUUUAACUUGUUCACAUAUUAAGAGUGAUACAAAUGCAUGAGCUGUACGGGUGCACCGAAAAUGGGCUUUCUCUGGGGGGAAAAAGGUGAAAUCACAGUGAUUUUUCAAUUGCCUGUUUUCCAUGACAAAAACGCUUUUUUCAAUGCUUUUAAAGUCCAUGUUACCAGGUUAUAUUACGGAAAGCUGUUCAACAUCUUUUUCGGGACAAUAUUUGCCUAAAAAGUACGUCUUUUUAAUGAAUUUCGAAAUGGUUCAAAUUAAGAUUACAAUUUGACUAGUUCAAAGUUUGAUUUCUUACCCUAGUUGUCCAAUAUAAUCAUAAAACACCAAAUUAAUUAUCUUUAGGGGCAAAGAAAGGCAACGAACCAAGUGUGAGCAAAUUGCGAUCCUUCUGGCGAACCAACUGCGAUCCGGCUCGUUUGACAUUUGUUUUGUGUCGGUUCUUCGCUUCGGCAAACCGUGAACCGCUCUCACUUUUUGUGUUCGCGAGCACGAGUACAAAGUUUAUAUUCGAUGUGAAGCAAAAAUCCAACAAUCGCAUGAUGCUUUCCACCCCUGGUUCAUGGUUCGAAUCCGAUUGCUAAUGGAAACUUGUUUCAAUUGAUAUUUAAUCAGAUCCAUGGUGGAAUUGGGUUCUUUAGGGGUAUCCGGAUUAUUUCAUAAUCGGAUUCUCCGCCCAAUAUUUAAUUAGUCGAAAUCCAAAAUUUCAUAAUUUUCAGAGUCCGAGAACUAUUUUUAAAAUGCAUUUAAAGUUUGUUCGGGUCGAACUGUCACUUUAUCGAUUGAACUGUCAUUCAAUCCACAAAAAUGAAAACGGUUUUGUUAAUUUAACCAUCAAAACUAAGGUAUUGGAAUCUAAUAAAAUCACGUUAUACUCAGAAAAGAGAGCUCUUUCGAUUAGGCUAUAGAAAAUAGCAAUAUUUUAUUCACUAAACAACCCAAUUGAACACAUUAAUCUGUUGAUUAAAACGAAACUCAGUCUGCGCAAAUUUAGUGGUGUUAUGUAUUUAAAUUGAUCCAGCAGAAUAGUAGUUUCAACAUCAAACAGUUUUUCAGUAAAUAUUCUGAUAUAUCCGAGGAUUAAUAUAUAUUAAUCCAAUUGGGUUUUUAAAUUAAGAAAAAAUUAAUGAUUUUUUAUUUUUAAACAAAAGAGUACCUUUUUCUGAGCCGCUAUGAUUUUUUUCAGAUUUUUAGAACUUUAUUUUGGUAUCUAAAAUCAAUAUCAAAGAGAUUUUUUGAAAUCACCGUUUGACAGCUGGGCAACUGCUUGACAGCUCCACUCAGUACAAAAUGCGACGGGGGGUGAUUCGACAAAUCGCUCCCAUACAAAUUUCAAAUUGAUUUUUAAAUAGGUUCCCGGGCACCAAAAUUGAUGAAAAUUUGGAUUUCGGCUCAGUUUGGCAUGCAGAUUCAGAAUAUGGAAUUAUCUCAACACCACUAAAGAAGCCAAUUCCAGAGAUGUGUCGUCUCCCUUAAAAUCGAAAUUUGAAUAGUCUAUUUUACGAAACGACAACAGUGUUGAUAUUGAUAUUAACAUUCACGGGCUUGGGCGCAACAUCCUGUCAAAUUUUCAUUCAUGAAAUGAGCGAUCAGCUGAUCCGAAACGUCUCGUAAAAUGGCUCAUUAGGAAAUCUCAAUUUAGUUGAAAAUCGGAGUUUUCGACUAUAGCGAAGUUGGGUUUUUCUCCAAAUUCGUGCGUCGGACCAAACUUCGGUAGUAGUGCGCUGUAUAGUAAACCUGAUCCGCUACAGCGCAUCACUUCCGAAGUUAGGUCCGACGUACGGAUUUUGAGAAAAAUGCAACUUCGCUAGUUGAAAAUUCCGGGUUUCAACUGAUGCACGGAGAAUAUUUGUCUCAGUUUCGAGAUGUGAUUUUAGCCCAGUGUAUGGUGGGCAUUGAUUGACUUCUGUCAGUUCGAUUGUUUACUACAUACGUCGAUUUCUUUGAUCUUCUUUUAAACCUGGGAUUGUUUUUCGUAAAAUUCUGCGCAAAAAAGGUUUUUCCGCGAUUAUUUUCGUGAUUCUUGUCUAAGAACAUCAAAAUUACACCGGCCAUGAAGCCAUCUACUUCAUCGUCAUCGUCGUCGUCGUCCGCCCGCAAUGAUGACCCGGAAAAGUUUUUUACUGGGAUGAAACCGGAAGAUAUGACCUCUCGCGAAUACUAUCUGGACUCGUAUGCCCAUUUCGGUUCCCACGAGGAAACCCUGAAGGAUGAGGUGCGAACGCUCACCUACCGGAACGCCAUGUAUCACAACAAGCAUCUGUUCCGGGGCAAAACCGUCUUGGAUGUGGGCUGCGGGAUGGGUAUUCUGUCGCUGUUCGCGGCCCGAGCCGGAGCGGCACGGGUCAUCGCCAUCGACUGCUCGAACAUCAUCGACCAUGCCCGUAAGAUUGUGGAGGCGAACCAUCUUGAUCAUGUGAUUACACUCAUUCGGUCCAAGGUGGAAGCCGUUGAUCGGCUUCCGCACGGAAUUGAAAAGGUGGAUAUAAUCUUGUCGGAGUGGAUGGGGCAUUGCUUGUUCCACGAGGCGAUGCUGGAUGCGGUAAUCUACGCUCGCAACAAGUGGCUAAAGCCGAAGGGGGGCAUGAUGUUUCCGGAUCGGUGCACCCUGUUCGUGACGGCCAUCGAAGAGCGCCAGAGUAAGGACGAGCGAAUUAAUUGGUGGGAGGAUGUGUACGGGUUCAACAUGAGUGCCAUCCGGAAGGACGCCAUCAACGAACCGCUGGUGGACGUGAUCGAUCCCCGGCAGAUCGUCACCAGUUCGUAUCUGAUCAAGGAAAUCGACAUGUACACCGUGGUCCGGCAGGACAUUGACUUUGAAUCGACGUUCCAUCUGAUCGCCAAGAGGAACGAUUUCGUACAGGCGCUGAUCACCUACUUCAAUGUGGAGUUCACCAAGUGCCAGCAGCGGUUGGGCUUCAGCACCUCGCCGGAAUCGCCGUACACCCACUGGAAGCAGACGGUGUUCUUUCUGGACGAGUAUCUGACCGCGAAGAAGGGCGAGGAAAUUUGCGGGCGGUUUGCGAUGAAAACGACCGGCCACCGGAUGAACAAGGAGCUGGCGUUAACGAUUGACGUGCGCUUCGAGGGGGAGUUGGCGCAGGUCGUGGAGAGCAAUCAGUAUUUGAUGCGUUAAGGGGGGAGGCUUUUGAGGCAAGGCUCGAUUGGUGUAUUCGGUUUGGAAACAUCAUCGAUUAAUUUUAAGCGUUUUUCUUAAUGUCGAGAGAGAGAUUAUUAUUACUAUGACAUGGACAGGAAGAAAGUCUUGAAAAUCUAGAAAAUAGAUUGACUUUGUACCGGCCUAUCGAUCGUUAAUCAUUAGUCAUUGAAUUCGAUUUGUUUCAAUUUUAACACAAACUUGUUAUUUUUUGUAUAUUGUUUACGUAAUACAAAUAAACAACAUAAUGUAUUAAAUAGAAUGGAAACUUUACUUCCUUGCUUUCAUAUAUUUUUGAUGAAAUUCACGAAGCGCUUCAAGGAAAAGUGCAGGAGACAUUUUCCGAGUGUAAAACGAACUGUUAUCUAAUUGAACCACUGUAAUUUUUGUUUCUUUUUUGAUUGGUUUAUUUUCAAGCUACACAAGCGUCUUUGUGCUUUCCUCGAAGCUCAUGCUUCACGAACAAUGAAGAUACUCCGAUGAUAAUAACCAGCUUUGUCAACUCACUCUGAAGCCCUCUCAUUUUUGUCUUGAGUCAACUGAUUUGUUUUUUGACCUGGUUUAUUCCUGCUGUGCAUCACUAUCCAAAUAAUAUGCGCCUUUGGUUAUGCAAUUUAAUUGCAUGUAUUCUGCAGAAUCCAUGGAUUACCUGUAGUAGGUAAUGUGCUAAUGGGUAAUCCUCUUAGUUGAGCCCAAAAGUAUGCAACUCUGAUCACUCGCGCACAUUCGCCAGCCACUCUAAAAGAUUUCUACUCCAAGGCUGUAUCGAUCUUACUCUGAAAUGUCUCACACUGCACAAAACGUGCUGCUCUUUUUUGAAUGGGGCACGUUCGGUGUAGUACUAGAAUUGUAGUAAUGAGCUGAAUUUUUGUAUGGUGAGAAGGUCCAUUCUCCGUUUCUUCAAUGAAAUGGUGAAAAAAGCGUGGGUAUUAUGAUUCCUUGCCUAAUAGGAGGCAAUCAGUGAAGUACUAGAUUGAAAGUAAUGAGCUGGAUUUUUGUAUGGCGAGAUGAUCAAUAGGACAGAUCGGUGAAGUACUAGAUUUGUAGUAAUGAGCUGAAUUUUAGUAUGGUGAGAAGGUCAAUUCUCCGUUUCUGCAAUGAAAUGGUGGGAAAAGCGUGGGUAUGGGGCACGUUCGGUGUUGUACUAGAUUUGUAGUAAUGAGCUGAAUUUUUGUAUGGUGAAAAGGUCAAUUCUCCGUUUCUGCAAUGAAAUGGUACAAAAACCGUGGGUAUUAUGAUUCCUUGCCUAAUUUGAUGCUGUUUGAGCAAAACUUUGAGCAACACUGUUGUUGUUUUCUCCAUUUCUUGCAACAUAAACAACAUAGUUAUCCAAAGUUUUGCUCAACCAGCAUCAAAUCAAAAAAGGAAACAUAACACCCACGCUUUUUGCACCAUUUCAUAGCACAA